GACCUACCACGACUUCUUCAACAGGUAUCGAGUCCUUAUGAAGAAAAAGGACCUCUCCAAAAAGGCAGACAGGAAGGCGAUUUGCAAAACUGUGCUGGAGAAUCUGAUUAAGGAUCCUGACAAGUUCCAGUUUGGGCGGACCAAGAUCUUCUUCCGUGCUGGCCAGGUGGCCUACCUAGAGAAAUUGCGGGCGGACAAGUUCCGCAGCGCCACCAUCAUGAUACAGAAGACCGUGCGUGGCUGGUUGCAGAGGCUGAAGUACAGACGGGCCAGGAAGGCAGCCAUCCUCAUCCAGAGGCACACUCGAGGGCACCUGGCCCGAAGAUUGGCCGACCAUCUGAGGAAAACGAAAGCAGCCACCGUUUUCCAGAAACGCUACCGAAUGUUGAGGGUCCGCCGAGUGUACUGGACGAUCCGUGGGGCCACUAUCACAAUCCAGUCUUUCACACGAGGAAUGUUUGUCCGAAGGGCCUUUCGAAAGGUGCUCGCAGAGCACAAAGCUACCAUCAUCCAGAAGAAUGUCCGGGCCUGGUUGGCUCGGAAGCACUUCCUCAGGUUCAGAAGCGCCGCUGUGGUUAUCCAGUGCUACUUCAGGCGCAUGAAGGCCAGGCAAGAGCUGAAGGCCCUGAAGAUCGAGGCUCGGUCAGCAGAGCACUUGAAAAAGCUCAACGUCGGCAUGGAAAACAAGGUCGUUCAGCUGCAGAGGAAGAUAGAUGAGCAGAACAAAGAAUACAAACACCUGAACGAACAGCUCUCCACAACCGCCUCUACUUACUCCUCGGAGCUGGAGAAGCUAAAGAAGGAACUGGAACGAUACCAGCGGAAGGGCGGGGAUGGGAACCAAAUCACAAGCUUACAAGAAGAGAUAGACUCCCUCCGGUUGGCCCUGGAGAAAGCUCACGGUGAAAGGAAGAUUGUGGAAGAUACCUAUGUCAAAGAGAAGGACAUACUCCGAAAGCGGAUAUCAGACUUGGAAGAAGAGAACACGUUACUUAAAGAGGAAAAAGACGCUCUCAACAACACAAUCUUGCAUCUGUCGGAAGAUGAAUUUGCACAAAACACCGCUGAAGAAAAUGUCUUGAUGAAGAAGGAGCUGGAAGAGGAGAGAUUCCGGUACCAGAACCUCGUGAAGGAGUAUUCAACUCUAGAACAGAGAUAUGACAACUUGCGAGACGAGAUGACUAUCGUGAAGCAAACCCCAGGGCACAGGAGAAACCCAUCUAACCAAAGCAGCCUUGAGUCCGACUCCAACUACCCAUCGAUUUCCACGUCUGAAGUUGGAGACACGGAAGAUGCCAUCCAGCAAGUGGAAGAGAUUGGCUUGGAGAAAGCAGCUAUGGACAUGACCCUCUUCCUAAAGCUGCAGAAGAGAGUGAGGGAACUCGAGCAGGAGAGGAGGAAACUGCAGACCCAGCUGGAGAAGAAAGAGAAUGGAAACAAGAAAUCUCAGGUAAUUGAAAUCAAGAACGAAAUGGAUUUGGACCGCGAUACAGAUCUCGCGUACAACAGUCUGAAGAGGCAAGAGCUGGAGUCUGAGAACAAGAAACUGAAAAACGAGCUGAACGAACUGAGGAAGGCUAUAGCGGACCAGGCGGGUCAGAACAAUUCCUCCCGCGACACGCAGGACAGUUACAGCCUCCUCCUGAACCAGCUCAGGUCAGCCAGCGAAGAGCUGGAAGUGCGGAAGGAAGAGGUGCUUAUUCUGAGGACGCAGAUCAUAAAGUCAGCCCAGCAAAAAGAUAGAGGCGGAAACAUGGAGUCAAACAUCCACAUGCAAACUAGCUGGCCAAACAGUGACAAACACGUGGAUCCCGAGGAUGCAAUAGAGGCCUAUCAUGGAGUAUGUCAGACAAACCGCAAGACUGAGGACUGGGGGUAUCUGAAUGAAGACGGAGAACUCGGCUUGGCCUAUCAGGGCCUAAAGCAAGUUGCCAGGCUCCUCGAGGCUCAGCUCCAAGAUCAGCGGAGGGAGCAUGAAGAGGAGGUGGAGGCCUUGAAGGACCAAAUUGAGGCUUCGAGGGAAGAGUUGAACAAGCAGCAGGAGAUCUUCUAUCAGACACUGCAGCUCCCGUCAGAUGCCCAAGUGGAGUUCGGCAUACAGCAGGAAAUCACAAGGCUGACAAAAGAAAACCUGGACCUGAAAGAGCUGCUAGAAAAACUAGAAAAGAAUGAAAGGAAACUGAAGAAACAACUCAAGAUCUACAUGAAGAAAGUCCAAGAUUACGAAGCCAAUCAAGUCACCAUUCAGACCGAAAAGCAACAGCACGAACUCACCAGGCAGGUCGCCGUCCAAAGGAAGGAGAAAGAAUUCCAGGGCAUGUUGGAGUAUUACAAAGAAGAUGAGCCGCUUCUCAUCCGGAAUCUCAUUACAGAACUGAAGCCCCAGGCGGUCUCUGCCACAGUGCCGUGUCUUCCAGCCUAUAUUUUAUACAUGUGCAUCAGGCAUGCGGACUACAUCAACGAUGACCACAAAGUUCACUCCUUGCUUACGUCUACCAUCAACGGCGUUAAAAAAGUAUUAAAGAAGCAUAGCGAUGACUUUGAGAUGACCUCGUUUUGGCUGUCCAACGCCUGUCGCCUCCUGCACUGUCUAAAGCAAUACAGCGGAGAUGCGGGCUUUAUGACUGAAAACACCGCCAAGCAGAACGAGCACUGCCUGAAGAACUUCGACCUCACCGAGUAUCGCCAGGUCCUCAGCGAUCUCUCCAUCCAGAUCUACCAGCAGCUCAUCAAGAUCGCCGGAGGCGUCUUGCAACCCAUGAUAGUGACGGCGGUGCUGGAAAACGAGAGCAUCCAGGGCCUGUCGGGGGUGAAGCCGAUGGGCUACCGAAAGCGGUCCUCCAGCAGGGGGGAGGUGGAUAACGCGUACAGCUUGGAGGAGCUCAUCCAGCAGCUGAGCACGUUCCACGGAGUUGUGUGCGACCACGGCCUCGACCCAGAGAUCAUCCAGCAGACCUUCAAGCAGCUCUUCUACAUGAUCAACGCCGUGGCCUUGAACAACCUGCUGCUGAGGAAGGACGUCUGUUCGUGGAGCACAGGGUUACAACUCAGGUUUAACAUCAGUCAGCUGGAAGACUGGCUGCGAGGGAAGAACCUGCAUCAGAGCAAGGCGGUGGAGACCCUGGAGCCCCUGAUCCAGGCAGCUCAGCUCCUGCAGCUGAAAAAGAAAACCUCGGAAGACGCAGAGGCCAUAUGCUCCCUCUGCACGGCCCUCACCACACAACAGAUUGUAAAAAUACUCACUCUCUACACUCCCGUGAAUGAGUUUGAAGAGCGGGUGACAGGCAGCUUCACAAAAACCGUACAGGCACAGUUGCAAGAACGGAACGAUCCUCCGACGCUGCUGUUAGACUUCAAGUACACGUUCCCCGUUUUAUUCCCAUUCUACCCUUCUUCUUUAACCAUGGACUCAAUUCACAUCCCCGCUUCUCUCAACUUGGAGUUCCUCAAUAAAGUGUGAAGAGAACUCGACUCCCUGCCCUUCCCCCAAGAACUCAAGCAAAAAAAACACAAAAUGGAAUCUAAAGAUCUCUUCACGCGUGGGACCAAACAAAUUGUCAAGAGAACCAAUACAAUUAAAUUUAUCAGUGCUAAACUGUACAACCUAAGAAACAAUCUUGUAUUUUGGGUUGGAUGCUUUUUUUUUUUAAUUGGUACGGUAUUUUUUGAGAGGGUCGAUCUCGCAGCUGAGAACACUUGAAACGACGGGGAUUUUCUACGACUUGAUAAGCGUUCCAAAAAUAACGUUUCCUGGCUGCCGUUUAAGGUGACAGCUUUGGCAAGCGGGAAAUCCUAUUUUUUUUUUAUUUUCAUAGAAUCUCUUGGUCACCGAUAUCAAUUGUGAAAUAUCAGAAUAGAAGCAUAAAAUGGCCACCAGUCUUCAAACCAUUGCUGAUUCUGGGUUUUGCACGUAUCCGAGACAUGAUCCACAGUUGCUGCUGUACUACAUUGUUGGGUUCUUUUUAUGAUGAUUGGUUCAGGAAAUAAAAGCUGCAGGAGGCAGAAUAAAUACCCGUUUUAUAGUUUAAA